GAAAACUUGUCGAAACGAAAGUGUUUGUUUGUACAUAAAUAGCUUUUUAAUUACAUCAUAUUAAAAUAUGACUGCUGGAUUUGCGUGAUGAAGAUUUUAAUUUUCUUUACAUUUUCUUUUCUUCGCACAUCUGCAGAUACACACUGUCUGGAGUAUCACUACAUCGCCCUCACGCCCAGACAUGCUGGUUCAGAGUUCACUGCUGUGGGUCUGCUGGAUGAAAAGCAGUUUAUGUUCUACAGUAGCAGUAACAAGAUGCUGAUCCCAGAGAACUGGAUAAAGAACAGUAAGAGUGAAAUCUACUGGAAGAAUGAAGCACAGAACAUGAAGGAAUAUCAGUAUAGCUUUAGCAUUACAUUCAAAACAAUAAUGGAUCUGUCUAAUCACACUAGAGCUCACAUACUACAGAGGAUUUACGGCUGUAAGAUUGAUGAUGAUGGCACCACAAGUGGAUACAAUCAGUAUGGUUAUAUUGGAGAAGACUUUAUUAUUUUGGAUCUGAACACUGGAACCUGGAUUGCAGUUAAUCCUCAAGCUGAGAUCCUUAAACACAACUGGGAGUCUAAUGACUAUGCUACAUACUGGAAGAACUUCCUGGAGCAUGACUGUAUUGAUUGGAUAAAAACAUUUGUGACUGUGGAGAGAAAAGUUCCUCCUACAGUGUCUGUGUUUCAGAAACACUCAUCAUCUCCAGAGGUGGUGUGUCAUGCUACAGGUUUCUUCCCCAAAGUACUGAAUAUUACUUGGCAGAAGGACGGAGAGGACGUACUAGAAGAGGUGGAUCUCAGAGAGACGUUACCCAACCAGGAUGGAAGCUUCCAGAAGAGGAGCAUUCUGAAAGUCUCAGCUGAGGAGCUGCAGAAACACACCUACACCUGUGUGAUUGAGCACAGCAGCUUGGAGAAGGAUUUAGUGCUGCCUGUGAGCGAGAGACGAAUCCUGAGAGGUGGAGGAUCAGAUGGAGGAUCAGAUAGAGGAUCAGGUAGAAGACAAAUUGCUGGUGUAGUCGCGGUUAUUGUAGUUUUCAUAGCUGUUGUAGCUCUCAUUGUUGCUGAAAUUGUCAGGAAGCAGGGAAACCCUGAUUCCAGAGAUGAAUCAGAUGAUACAUAUUUCAGACAACUGUUAUUCUGCUGCUGUGAGAAAUACAUGAGGACAAGGAGAUGAUAUCCUCAUCUCAUCUGAACCCUGGAAGCUUUUAGAGAAGAAACAUUCUGAAAGCUCCAGACGAGGAGCAGCAGAAACACGUUUAUUGCAGGAUUACGUGGUUCAGCACAGCAGCUUCGACAAAGAAUUUGUGCUGCCUGUAAAGAAAGAGAUUUCUAUAAACUGGACUGGGAAUUUGAAUGUUUUUUAUGGAAAUAUUUGAUUCAUCACAAUGAAAUUGUAUAUUAUAUGUAUAUAAAACUUUUAUUAUUUAAUAAAAAAAGAAAAAACUGCA